CCGACCGCAAAUUGGGUACCCCAUCAGUUGUACACUUACGCUUAGACGCCGUAAACUGCAUCUGUUCUAUUGACAACUUUUGCAGCUGCUGUAGGCGCUGCCAGCCCACAAUCAUGUCAGCCUCAAUGCUGCCUUGCGGCACUCGAACAUGCUCAGGAGCUAGCACCAGCACGCGGACGCAGCGGGCUGCCGCGCCUGGUGUGCCCAUCGCCGCACGGUCUCUGCGUCGCGGCCCCACAACAUGCCGCACCGCCACCGUGGAGGAGGCCCAGAUUUCGGAUGAGAAGCGUGAUAUUCAGAAGAUCCUGGACCGGCCCUACAAGUAUGGCUUCAAGACCAUCAUUGAGUCGGACACUUUCCCCAAGGGCCUCAACGAGGACGUCGUCCGCGCCAUCUCCGCCAAGAAGGGCGAGCCCGAGUGGAUGCUUGAAUUUCGCCUUAAGGCCUUCCGCAAGUGGCUUACUAUGGAGGAGCCCAAGUGGUCCGAUAACGCGUACCCGGAAAUCGACUACCAGGACGUCAGCUAUUACUCGGAGCCCAAGUUCAAGGAGAAGCUGGAGAGCCUGGACCAGGUGGACCCGGAGCUGCUGAAGACGUUUGAGAAGCUGGGCAUUCCGCUGAACGAGCAGAAGCGCCUGUCGAAUGUCGCGGUGGAUGCCGUGUUCGACUCGGUCUCCAUCGCGACCACCUUCAAGGCGGACCUGCUGAAGCACGGCGUCAUCUUCUGCUCCAUCUCGGAGGCGCUGAAGGACUAUCCGGAGAUGGUCCGCAAGUACAUGGGCAGCGUGGUGCCUGUGGGUGACAACUAUUUCGCGGCGCUCAACUCGGCGGUCUUCAGCGACGGCUCUUUCGUGUUCGUGCCCAAGGGCGUCAAGUGCCCAAUGGAGCUGUCCACCUACUUCCGCAUCAACGCCAGCGAGACCGGCCAGUUUGAGCGCACCCUCAUUGUGGCGGAGGAGGGCGCCUACGUGUCGUACCUGGAGGGCUGCACCGCCCCCGCGUACGACAACAACCAGCUGCACGCCGCGGUGGUGGAGCUGUACUGCGACAAAGACGCAGAGAUCAAAUACAGCACCGUACAGAACUGGUACGCCGGUGACGUCAACGGCAAGGGUGGCAUCUACAACUUCGUGACCAAGCGCGGCCUGUGCUCCGGCUCCCACUCCAAGAUUAGCUGGACGCAGGUGGAGACGGGCAGCAGCAUCACCUGGAAGUACCCCUCUGUGGUUCUGGCGGGCGACAACAGCGUGGGCGAGUUCUACUCCGUGGCGCUCACCAACAACCGCCAACAGGCCGACACGGGCACCAAGAUGAUCCACGUGGGCCGCAACACGCGCUCCCGCAUCGUGUCCAAGGGCAUCAGCGCUGGCAACAGCCGCAACUGCUACCGCGGCCUGGUGCAGGUCCAGCCCUCUGCCCGCGGCGCCCGCAACUUCAGCCAGUGCGACUCCAUGCUCAUUGGCGACAACGCAGCUGCCAACACCUACCCCUACAUUCAGGUGCGCGAGCCCUCGGCUGUGGUGGAGCACGAGGCCUCCACCAGCAAGAUCAGCGAGGACCAGCUGUUCUACUUCCAGCAGCGCGGCAUCGACCCGGAGAAGGCCGUGGGCGCCAUCAUCUCGGGAUUCUGUCGCGAGGUGUUCAACGAGCUGCCGCUGGAGUUCGCGGCCGAGGUGAAUGAGCUCAUGAGCCUCAAGCUGGAGGGCACCGUCGGGUAGGCAACAGCAGCAGCAGCAGGCGGCUGUAGCAGCAGGCGGCUGUAGCAGCAGGCGGCGGCUGUAGCAGCAGCAGGCGGCUGUAGCAGCAGCAGGCGGAGGCGGCGGCAGGCGGAGGCGGAGGCGAGAGCGCAACAGCUGGCCGUUCCUGCGGGACGUGGUCGGCGGAGGCAGGCGGAGGCAGUAGCAGCAAUAGCAAGGCGGAGGCAGUAGCGGGCAGCAGGGCUGCGGCGGCGGCAGGUGGACGCAGGGGGGCGGAAUUGAAAGGGCGCGGAGUGCGGGGUGUGGCGUGGCGUGGGCACAUGUUGCUUUGCAAGGGAGAGGGCGCGACGGGAGGGAGCGGCAGGAGAGCACUGCACGGCACACUCCUGGGUGUGUGGUGGAGUGGGGUGGAGGGAACGUGCUGACGCACAUUUAGAUAUUCAAGGGGUGCAGGCGCUCGCGGAAUGGGUUCUCGUGUCUUUUUAGUGCGCUGGCAUGUGUAUGUGUGUGCGCUUGGGGCUGGCAAAGGACGCAGACUGCGAUGCUGGCGGGGGGUGCUGAGACGUUACGAGACGAGACGGAGGCGGCGGCUUCGGACAAAGGCCAACAGCGUCAGACAUGCAGACUGUUUUGCGUGGACUUUCGAGGAGACUUGCUUUUCCGAACCACUGAGUUCGCUCCAUCCCGAGCUGUAUGCAGCAUUUGCGGGGUGCAAGUUGUCGAGUGCUUAAUGUUGAUUUCGUGAAAGCCGGCGACGGUGCGAAGUUGUGCGUGUGUGUACCGUAUGGCAUCGUCGGUGUGCGUGUCAUUCGCAACGCACACUGCGUUGGAAAUUCAGGACAAUAACACCUUGUCAUGCAUGUUAGUGUAUCCGGCUGGGGUGCCUUCGAAGAGAGCAAAGCAUAUGAGCGGCGAGAAAGAGUGGCUCGAAAGAGCGCUAGGAGAGACGCAAAACUGGCUUUUCGCCCGGUUCCUGCGCAAAGGAAGGGUGUUCGGGAUUCGUGCGUCCGGUGUCGCUGUAAGCCUGUAACCAAAUCCUCGGAACACGGGUGAAUGUACACGUAUGCGGGGUCGGCCCAUGGGGUUUGCUCUGGCAGGGUUGGCGCGUUGGUUGGCGGUUGGGAAUUUCCGCCAAACGCCCGGCAGCACUAAUACGCACCUGGCUUGUCCCUUCGUGCAAUGUUGCAUUCAUGCCAACGGGGAUUCUAUGUAGUCGCAGCACGCUGCCGCUGCUUUCCCAGCACGAAUCAAUUGUAAUGAGUUGUAGUCAGGGUGUAAUCAGGGUGUCAC